AUGCUGCGCAAGAUCGCCACCCCGUACAAAGUGUCCGUGCGCCGCACCGCCGCCACUGCGCCCGCCAACACCUCAAAGAAGGCGAUUCUGCGCUUGAUUCGCUUUGACCCGCAGACAAACAGGCAGCGCAUAGAGAGCUACGAGUACGACAAGCACCAUGACUACAUGGUCCUCGACCUCAUCACGGCGGUAAAGGCACACCAGGACCCUACGCUAGCUUUCCGGGCCUCCUGCUGCGAAGGCGUUUGCGGCAGCUGCGCCAUGAACAUUAACGGCAUUAACAGCCUCGCCUGCAUCACCUUCUCACAGCAGGUGACAACAGUGGGCCCGCUGCCCAACUUUCCCGUCAUUAAGGACUUUGUUGUCGACCUUCGGCACUUCUUCCGGCAGUACGCGUACAUCCGCCCAUUUGUGCGCAACACCAACCUCGAUCGCAGUCGCGUAGAAAACAUCAUGGAACGCUACGAUACGCUUCGCAAGGUCAUUUACGGCGUUGAUCCCCGGGCGCUACCUGCAGGCUCGGAGGCGCCGCGGCGCGGCGGCGUGGAGUCGGAGGUGGUAGCGCUGCUCCGCCUCGUGGACGCACUUUGCGAGGCUGGCAACGUGACGCACCUUGUGAGUACCCUGGGGCUGCUGGAGGCGAAGGGCGUGCAGCUGGACCAGGCGAAGGUGAAGGCCCUCAUCGAGGCAACGCUGCAGAAGCACGCCGAGCGCGCAAAAUAA